UCUAGUGUGCGGUCUAUUUCCUUUACCGAACCUGACUACACAGCAGAUAUAUGACUCAACUCGGCAGCACUGCCUCUUCAUGUGCAGCUCAAUGGAAAAUGUGGCAUGUCAAAGUCUUUAGUGUUAUUUAUUUCACUGCUGUUUGUGCAGCUCAGGAUCCUCAAGAUGUUACCUCCGUCUGGAGUGACUUUAAUCCAACCACUCUUCCUCCAACAUCAAUGAAGAUUGGAACUGUCUAUGAGCCUCCUGUUCCAUCUGUGCAGCAACUUUCAGGCUGGUCGGAUGUGUUCCCUUCUGAGAAAGUGGAGCUUAGUUGUAAUGUCACGGGUAUCUCAGACUGGACCUUCUCCUGGUACAAAGAUAAAAAACCAGUACAAGAUCCAGAUGUGUCUGCAGAGGGAUCAAAGCUGACGAUCACUGCAGCAACACAAACACAAUCUGGAGAUUAUUCCUGUAAAGGUCAUCACAAAACAAAGAGCGGCGUUAACAUUGAAAGUACUAACUCAGUCAAACUCACCUUUCAUGCAAUCAAGCCCAACCCCACUUUGACCCAAAGUCCAAACUUUAACAAGAUGUACCCUGGAGAGUCUGUCACCUUCACAUGCAAGGUCACAGUGUCCUCUGGAUGGAAAUAUCUGUGGUACCAUAAUGGAACUGAAAUUCAAGCCUCUAACAGUACAACAUAUACCAUGGAGUCUAUAGGUCAUCCUAACAGUGGACGUUACCACUGCAUUGCUAGGAGAGGCAAAGACCCAUUCUUACAACUGCAGAGUGACACAAAAACUGUGGAGGUCACUGACGCACCUAAACCCUUUCUGAAGAAGAUGAGUUCCUGGCUGGAUGUGUUUGAAAAUGAAACAGUGGGGUUUAGCUGUGAAAUGGAAAAUUCAGAUGACUGGACAUUCACCUGGUACAGAAAUCAAAAGGUGCUCCCGGACGACCUGAAUCUGGAGCAAGAUGAGUCAUUUCUAAACAUCACCUGGAUCACUCAAGCUGAUCGUGGAGACUAUACCUGCAGUGUUCAGCUUGGAUCCAGGAAAGGCAGCACUGGAUUCAGCAACAUAGCUACUGUCAAAGUUUAUGAAAAGACACCGAAACCAACUGUGAGUAAGGUUCCUGGUUUCAACCCAAUGUAUGUUGGAGAAACAGUGAUCUUAACAUGCAAUGUGAAUGUGUCCACUGGCUGGGAGUAUCACUGGUACAAAGAUGGAGCUGAGUUGUCUGCCAAUGAUGAGACCAUGAGCAUUCAUCUCGAUCCCUCUGAUCAGGGGAAAUACAAGUGCAGUGCCACCAGAGGCGAAAUGACAUCAACAGACUUCAGUGAGGAAAUUCUGCAAGAUGUUCUUGCUGAGAACGCGCAGUGGCCGGAUGUGUUCCCUGAAGAGAGUGUGAAAUUGAGCUGUGGGAUGAGCAGCUCCUCUGAAUGGACUUACAUGUGGGAAAAAGGCGGACAGCCGGUCCUGGCUCCCAUUGCAUCUUUUGACUCAAAUGGAGCUACUCUUCACAUCAGGUCUGCUUCAGCUACACAUGCAGGAGAAUAUAACUGUAAGGGACACCUGAAAGACAGACUCGUCAGCAGCAACUCUAGUGUGGGACUCACCCUAACGGUGUAUGAUAAGAAACCCAGAGUCACACUGACACAAGAUCCCGAGUACAAAGUGGUGUUCUCUGGAGAGUCAGUCUACUUCAGUUGUCACAUUAAUGUCUCUACUGGAUGGGAGUACUUGUGGAAGAAAGAAAGCUCUCCACUUAUCGCAACUAGAAACCACUAUUCCAUCAGCUCUGUUGGGACAGCUAAUACAGGAUCAUAUACAUGUCAAGCAAGAAGAGGCACUGAUCAAGUCUUCCUCACCGACCCCAGUCCGGUUAUGCCGCUUCAAGUUAAAGGGAACAAGCCAAAGCCCUUGAUGACUCAACGGCCAGAUGUUUACAAGGUCUACACCGGAGAGUCGGUGUCCUUUGAAUGUACAGUCACACUCUCAUCUGGUUGGGAGUACCACUGGUACAAAGACGAUAAACAACUCCCUGUCAACGACAGUAUUUUUAACAUCCAUAAUGCUGGUCUAUCAAACAGUGGGACUUAUAAGUGCAUGGCCGUAAGAAAGAAAACAACGUACCAGACAGACUACAGUGACACUAGGAUCUUAAGUGUAUUUGAAAUUCCUGUACCAUCUUUGAAGGUGGAAACACCAUGGCGGGAUGUGUUCCCCACUGAGAGUGUGAAGUUGAGUUGUGGGAUGGAUGGCACCUCUGACUGGAAAUAUACAUGGUACAGAGACAGACAGCCAGUCCAGGCUGAUAAUACUGUUUCUUUUGAUUCAGAUCGAGCUACUCUUUCCAUCAGCUCUGCUUCAUCCUCACACCGUGGACAAUACACCUGCACAGGAGAACUCAAGACGCGGCCUGUCAGCAGCAACUACAGCUCUACGGAAACACUUGAUGUUUAGGACACAAAACCCAGAGUCACACUGCUGCAGAAUCCUACACACAAUGUGAUGCAUAGUGGAGAUUCGGUCUCCUUCAGUUGUCACAUUAA